UGGCAAAAUGGACCCAACUAAGAAAGUUUGGGUUGAUUUGGGUGCAAAAUAGCUAAGCAAUGGGUUAAGUUGGGUAAGCCUUUAUAGUUACAAGGGUCAGGAUGGGUAAAUUUAAAACUAAAAGAAAAAUCCAAUGGGUCAGGAUAGGCCAAGAUAAUAAAAGGAGUGGGUUACAAUGGACUCAUUUGGAACCCAAAAUAGAAACAGUUGAACACAACGUCAAUUGGGGAUUAGGUUCUUCAAUUACUAAACAUCAAACCAUAAUUCACAACAAAUCAGUCCAUCCAGCGAUUGAAUUCCCAAAAUCAUCACAUCAUUCCGGUGAAUUCACCAAUCUGUUCGUCGUUUCUAAGUUUCUGACACUCAAUUUUAGUUAAGUUGAUCAACUGUUUGUGGUAAGAAGUUCAAGUGAAGCCCAUACAACAUCCUUUCAAUCUCUCCAAACAAAUUAACCGGUGUUCUCCGGCACGGUGGCCGGCGGCGGCAACAAGAAGUAUCGAUCUGAAUUCUGAACAUCGAAUACUAAUUUUAAUUGCUCACAGCAAACAUCAGGUGUUUAAACAGUAUACACGUUUAUCUUUCUUGCUGCUUAUUCAAGGGGAACUACCACAUCGAAGUCUUUGUUGGUAAUAUCAGAUAUGUAAGUGAACUCACAAUUGUUGGAACUGGAUAAUUUUAUUCAUCAACACAAGAGCUUAAAUACACAAGGGAAACACAAACACUGUAAAUACACGAUGACCACGUAAACAAACAUGCAAUCAAGAGAAAAUCUACCCACUACUUGACAACAUGGACUACCCACUUUAUCCAGUUAUACCCAACGACUCUUUUCUAUAAUAUGACUCAAAAUGACAAAUAUAACCUUAAUUAAAGACACUUCAUGCAAAGACUCAAAACAUACAAACAUGCAGACUGUUGAUUAUUUGGGACAUUGUUGAAGAUUGUUUCGGUAAUCAAGAAUCAUCCGAGUCACGUAUUUGGGCCUCGGGCCUGUUUAUGUUUAUUUGGUUUAUAUAUUAUUAGUAAUGGGUCAAACAAUAGAUUAUGUUAUGUAUUUAUUUGGGCCGUAGGCCACCAGUUGGGUCGAACAGAUUAUGUAUAUGUCCAGUCCAAAUAGCAACCGGUUAUGGGUAAGGAUGUUGGGCCAUGUAGCGAACCGGUGUGUCUCCAAUAACCGAAUGGCGGUUAUUCUGAAACGUCACCACUCUUUGAAACAACGUGACUAUUGGAAGACAUACCCCUUCAUCCCUAUAAAGUCGCUGCCUAACUUCCCUAUCAUUCGGUUGUUAUCGUAGUUAUCAGUUUGUAUUCGAACGUGGUAUUCAAGUUAUCAUAUUCAAAGUUUAGUGUCAAUCAAGUUCAUUCGGUUAGUUAUUGUUUUCUGCAAAUCAUUCUCGUUUCAAUUAGUCAUGAUGAAUUCGUGUGAGUGUUGUGGUUUGUACGUGAAUGAUUGUGUUUGUGGUCACAAGUCCAUCCGUUCCGAUUGGUCCUGGGUUUCCGAUGAUGAUGAUACCAACAUUGGUAUCAGAGCCAAAGGUUUAACAGGAACCGGAAGGAAUUGUGAUCAAGGAGAGAACCGAAUCGGUGGAAACAAGGGGAAAUCGGUUAUGACCGAUUUCGGUGAUGAUGUGUUUGUUCGUAGUGGAGAGUGCGGCCGGGCGGCGGAAGCGGAUGAGUACGCGCAGGGGAAGCCAACCAUGCGGACCGGGGUAUCACCAAUGAAAAAGUUUCCAAAGAAGGUAUUCAGAGGGGGUUUCACGAAGAAGAACGGGAAGAAACCCAACGCAUCAGUGGGUAGGCCAAGAAAACCGGGGGUUCGGUGUUUCAAGUGCAAGAAGUUUGGCCACAUCGCGUCAAUUUGCCCUAGUAAGUAUAUUAUACUAUCACCUUUACCAGUCGAGAAUGAUUAUAUUGUAAAGGAUACUUGCGGGGGUAAAUGGGAUUCAAUCUGGGUUGUGGAUCCCACGUUUAAGACGCACAUGACGGGAAAUCGUAGUUUGUUCAAGUGUUUUAAAAGACACUUCGGGGUUGUAACGAAUGAAAGCAAGAAGGAUGUUUCGUUUGUUCAUGGAAUUGGUGAAGUAAGGGUGCCGGUGGACGGCAAGGAUAAGACAAUUCCGUGUGUUAGUUACGCACCAAAACUUGACAGGAAUGUUCUAAGUUUGGAACAACUCCUGUUUCAAGGAAUCGAGACGGUUACUAUGGGUGAAAAGUGCGUAUUGAAGAAGAUGUUCGGUUGUCGAUCAAAGGGUUACGACAUAUACGAAGACAAGUCGGAAACCGACUUGGAACAAGAUUAUCUUGACGCCUUUUAUGAUAAUCUUGGGGUCGACAAUGGGUAUAAGGAAGAAAAAGAAAAGUUUCAAGAAUGUUUAGGCGAUUACUAUGAGCGAGAAUUUGAAAAGUCAAAAAAUAAAAAGAAAGUGUAUGACGAACGCCCAAGUGCAAGGAAAGUCGUGUACUCGAAAAAGGCAAAGAAAGCUUUAAUGAUUUAUCUCGAAGGCGAGAAGGAUAAUCCACGCCAAUCAAGGCAAAUGCUUCGGGAACGGGCAAUAACUCUCUCUCAACUCGAGGAGGAUGUUGUAGAAAGGGGGUUAAUCAUGGAAAGCUGCAUUGAACCAGGGGAUCUAAUCACACUACACGAAGAAAUCAAGAAGCACCCAAGAUUCUUCGACACACCGUUUGAAGAAAUCUUAGUUUGGUUCAUCACGAACUUUCUUGGAAUUGUUUGUGAGAAGGCAAUGCCACCGAAGUUAAUUGAUGGUCGUGAUGUUAGCCUCAUACUACUACACCGCAUCGUGAAGCACAACGGUGGGUUUGAUGAGAUAAUGGCAAAAGACAAAUGGGGCGAGAUAUCGGUGAAGUAUGGUUACGACAAGGACGACGCUUAUGAAAUGAAGGUUGCAUACGUUUACUAUCUAGAGUUGGCCGAAUGGUACUUUGAUUACAUCAAGAAGGAGCGUGCAAGAGAAAAAGUUGGAAUGGCCGAGAGCUCGAGCAAUUGCGGAUGGAUCGAAGAUUCAAGUGAUGAUGACGUGGUGGUGAAGAUCGAAGUCACCAACAACCGCAAGGAGUAAACGGAUUGAAGAGCUCGGAUAUUUCUUGCUUAAGGGGGAGAAUGAAGAUUGUUUCGGUAAUCAAGAAUCAUCCGAGUCACGUAUUUGGGCCUCGGGCCUGUUUAUGUUUAUUUGGUUUAUAUAUUAUUAGUAAUGGGUCAAACAAUAGAUUAUGUUAUGUAUUUAUUUGGGCCGUAGGCCACCAGUUGGGUCGAACAGAUUAUGUAUAUGUCCAGUCCAAAUAGCAACCGGUUAUGGGUAAGGAUGUUGGGCCAUGUAGCGAACCGGUGUGUCUCCAAUAACCGAAUGGCGGUUAUUCUGAAACGUCACCACUCUUUGAAACAACGUGACUAUUGGAAGACAUACCCCUUCAUCCCUAUAAAGUCGCUGCCUAACUUCCCUAUCAUUCGGUUGUUAUCGUAGUUAUCAGUUUGUAUUCGAACGUGGUAUUCAAGUUAUCAUAUUCAAAGUUUAGUGUCAA